AUCGGCAUCCCCUGAACACUACAGCAAAACAGGAGGACUUUAAGCAAAAUUUAAACUAAUAACAGCUUUUUUACUGACCCGGACACCACGGAGGGAGAGAUGGUUUCUCCGGUCACAGUGGUCAAAAGUGAAGGCCCAAAGUUGGUGCCGUUCUUCAAAGCGACCUGCGUGUACUUUGUCCUGUGGCUGCCUACCUCGAGCCCCUCCUGGUUCAGCGCCCUCAUCAAAUGUUUGCCCAUCUUCUGCCUGUGGGUUUUUUUACUAGCUCAUGGCUUCAGCUUCCUAGGGGCUCACUCCAGUGCCCGCAAGAUCUUGGCUGGUCUCAUCUUUUCUGCUCUGGGUGAUGCCUUUCUUAUCUGGCAGGAGCAGGGCUACUUUGUCCACGGCCUCCUGAUGUUCGCCAUCACCCAUAUCCUCUACUCAUCUGCCUUCGGGAUGAAACCUCUGAAUAUGUCUGUUGGUCUGGUGAUCUCUGUCGUGUCCUCGCUGAGCUACAUGCUGCUCUAUCCCUACCUGUCCGGCCCCUUCACCUACCUGGUGGCCGUCUACAUCGCUCUGAUCGGUUUCAUGGGCUGGAGGGCCAUGGCAGGGCUGCAGCUCGCCAACGACUUGUGGACCUGGACCAAGCUGUCAGCCUGCCUGGGCUCAGUUCUCUUUAUGGUGUCAGACCUUACCAUUGCCGUCAACAAGUUCUGCUUCCCUGUGCCCCACUCUCGCGCCAUCAUCAUGGCCACCUACUAUGCUGCUCAGAUGCUGAUCGCGCUGUCGGCGGUGGAGUGCCAGGACGUGGAGGUGGCCAGGAAGAGAACAUGAGGUACCAGGGGUUCUGUAGCAACCGGCCACGGAGCUGGGAAGGUGGCAGCCGCGUUGCCUCUGGUCCUGAGUGACCAUGGACACACUUCACUGCCAGAUCCCCGACUCUCGACCCUCAUCUCAGUGUGGCGCUUGCACACUGUAACCAUAACUGGUCCACUAUCACCCUAAUGCCCUCCCUGCACAACAGUCUCACACCUGUCUUCUUACCACAAAGAUAUGCUAGUAUUAUCAUCGAUCCUUCAUUCAUCCUCUGAUCUCUCAACCUAGUUACAUGGAGACAUGAGUAGUAAUAUUAACCUUCUAUAUAUAGAGAGUAUUAUUUACUUUAAUAUUUUAAUUUAAGGGGAGCAUGUCACUUGGGAUGUGUUAAGUGUGUAUGGGAGAGUGAUUGUGAGUGUACAUAGAUGUGUCUGAUUGAAAAACACCCUUACCUCGCCUUCCACAGUCCAAUCACACAUCUACUGAAAAUGCUCCAAUCUGCAAUUCAACUUUGCUUUUUUUGUUGCCUGAGACCUUGUUAAAAAGGGAGGGUUUUAUAUUUUUAGUGCCCAUGUUUGACUUUUUCUACUGCUAUGUCUUUAUCUGGAUUCAAGGAUGAAAAUCCACACCUGUUUUUAUUGUUUUUAGUCCCUUGUAUUUCAGUCACAACAACCACACUGCCUUUAUUCACUCCACUGUCUGACAUCCUGUACUACAAGACUAUCUGGAUGAAUGAAUUAGGUUGCCCUCGAAUAAGAGACUAGAAGAGUUACACAGUGGGACGGCAAAGCAUGUAGGGAAAGGUGCGUGACAACCACGAGUAAUGUGUAUUGUAUUUUUUAACACUUGUGAGAGUUUUUUGUGUCUCUCUGCUGUCACAAAGAGAGCACAGUAAACACUGGAGUCACAGCAGAUCACUGUACAUGUUAUAUCCUGCUGUACAGUGCACAUUUAGGUGUUUAAAGUGUUUGUCCUGCCACGUUUCCCUCUCACACCUGACACCCCCUGCUGCUUCACUUAUUAGGAAAAGUCCACAGGGGUUCUUAUUGCCUGACUGCAUCAGCCGACUCGCGCCGUCGUCGGCCUGGGACCACGUUAUGAAGACUGAAAAGAAAGAAAGGGCUAUGUAACUGGCUGGAGUCUCUCUGUGUAUCAACUCCGUCUAAGUGUGUGUUUGUGUGUGUAACUGGGCCGUUAGAAGACAUUCACUCAUCCGAAACCAUACCCACACAAACAUGCGCAGGGAAAACACGCACAUUGCCUCAGAGGCAGCAUGACUGAAAAAUAAGAAAAGGGAGAGAGAUGAGGGAACUGGCUUGUCAUGUGAGGGAACAGUUAUCCCAUUAUUUCCAAUAAUUCUGUCACAGGACACUUCAUCAGCUUUAAUCCUAUAAAAUCCACCGCAGUUAAUCCGUGACAGGUUGGCUGAUAUUUUGUCUUUCAUCUAUCACAUUUUUCUCUCCUCAUCUUUCAUUAGUUUCAACUCAGACUGAGUGUCUUACUGAGUGAACUCUUUCUUAUUGUGUCUGCAUGUUUUUGUGUUUUGUGAGUGAGAGUUUACUGAAAUGCUGUUUGUUUGUGUACCUGUGACAAAUCGGAACCAACUCAAGGCCAGAAAUGCUGUGAACUAUCUUAGUACGAGUAGUUGUAACUCUACUGGGUAUAAUGUAUUCUCACAAGCUCUUAAAACAACUGUAUUCUCCUUCACAUCUUAAAUUUCUUACUUCUUUUUGUCUUUUACAGCAUGUCCUGAAUUUUGUUUUCAGAUACAGAUGACAUUUUAAAGCUCCUGUGAGGAAUUUCUGUGUAAUUUGGCUCCCCUAAAGUUUUGCUUUUAGCAUCCAAUCAUCUGGCUUUCUUUUCACAGUCAGAUGUAUCACUCAUUGAGUGUGUUUGCUGUGGAAAAUUAAGAAAAAGGCAGGGUGCUGUUGAUCACAUUGUCUGACACCUAUAGUGGUUUCCUCAUAAUGGGCACUGGGGAUCUUUCCCUCCAUGGAGGAAAGAAAGCCUACUUAAACUUAGUGAACUUAAUAACAUAAUGUUUACAGAAUGCCUGGUAGUCUGCCAGCCAGAAGUUGAUGAAGCACAAGCUCUUAUACUCAAGUAAAAGUACAGUUACUUUGGUUAAAAUUUACUUUAGUAGAAGUAAAAGUACUGUUCUAUAAAUCUACUUAAGUAAAAGGUAGAUCAUUCAAACUUUACUCAAAGUACUGAGUAGCUAAUGUUGAUGUUGUAGGCAAAAAGCUCGGACUUUGUUUAGUCCGGACUUUCUCGGCUUUAACUGCUUAUUUUUUACUCAAUACUUGAUGCUUUUUAAAAUGUAGUACAGUGCAAUAGUUUUCCCCAAACAUACUCAAGUAAAAGUAAAAAUUAUGGUUCUAAAAACUACUAAAAAAGUACUAGCACACAAAAAAAGCUACACAAUCACAGUAAUUCAAGUAAACAUAAUUACUUACUUUCAAACCCUGUUGUCAGCACUGAUAAAAAAAAUGGGUCCAAAAUUGGACUGAUUUAUUUCAGUGGGAAUAUUUAUACUUCCUUGUCAAGGCCACUCAUCAAAGGGGAAAAGAGUAAAGCUUUCUGGUUCCCUGUAGGUCAUGGAUGGGCCAUCCUAAAUUUAAGCAAUUUAAGCAAUUUUACACCAAAUACCCAUUAUUUCUUAUCAAAACAAAAUUACACAUUUUAUAUAGUGUCAACUGUUGCAAAAACUAAACCCUCUCUCUAAAAAGGUAUGAGGUAUUAAUCUGGGCCGACCUGUUCAUGGCUACAGGGUGCUGGCCAAAUGGAAGUGUAUGCAAGCCCAGUUGGGUGAUCUGAAGUUUCUCACUUAUUGUUUGUCUGAAGUUUCCCAGCUGCACCUCAGACACUUCCAUUAGCAGUCUGUUGAUAACCUUUUAAGAACACAAAGAUGUGUAGCCCUUUAGGUGACUGAGUGACCUUUGACACUGCUGUGGCCUAACAGACUGUAAAGAUACUUAGCAAUUGUCAUCAUUACUGGCAAUAAUUAUCCUCUCUUAACCUAACAGAGUGUUUAUUAAGUUAAAAAUUAUCAUGUUGCUGUUUCUGUUAGCUUGUCAUGGUAAUUGCCAUGUGCUACGUGGCAAUUACCAUGUGCUACGUCAGCAAGUCUGCUAGCACUAACGUGCUAGCAGGCUUGCUGACAGAACUAGCUGGACCUCUGAAGCCAUUUUUUUUGCCACUUUCAAUCUAUUUUCGCUACGUUUCAACCCUAUCUCACAACUUUAGUGUACCUACUUUGCUACUAUUUUGCCACUCGUUGCUGAUUUUUUGCCUGUUUUUGCCCCUUUUCGACACCUUUUGACUCGUUUUUACAACUUUUUACUGCUUUUCACCAUUUUUCCCCUAUUUUUGCUUUUUUAAUCCAUUGUUGCCACCUUUAUCCCAUUUUUGCUUCUUUGAACCCAUUUUUGCUACUCUGUAACCACUCUUUACUACUCUAUUUCUGCCAAGUUCCACAAGUUUUCAGCCAUUUUUGCAAAGUUUCACAUUUUUUGUCUCAUUUUGUAAUUAUUUAAUUGUUGUCCACUUAGCUACUUCAGUUCCCUUUAUUUUCUGGCAUCCAAACAUUUGUUCACAUCAUGUGUUAUCUAUGAAGUCUGACAUCACUUUCCAAAAAAUUGUUUAGUCAGUGUGCCCAUUCAAAUUAUAAACAUUACCAGGUAGAGGUAGAUCUGUUUUAAGAAAGGGGUUUACAUUUUUUUAAAAGGCUAUAUUUUACUACAGCAUAAAUUAACUUAUUAGCGGGCCAUGAUUUUCCUCGCCUCCAUUGGCCGUCUAGUUUGGCUGGGCCCCAGAAAGCUCCCCCACUUUUUCCCUCUUAUGGGCAGCAUUGUGUGCUAGCGUUGAGCUAGCCACUGUGUAAAACAGACACUUCCCUCCUUCAUCCUCAUGGUCUUUAUUGCUUUCAGUCUCUUUCAAAACCAGUGAAAACUCCUCACAUGAGCUUUAAGGUAGUAUUUCAUUUAGUAAAGCAUAUUCAGAUUGUGUUUUAUCCAAUCAAUGGGUUUAAUUUGACCUUUAUAGUGAGCAUAAAUGUUUGUAGAAAUGCCCGAUGUUACUAUACGCACAAAUAAUACAAGUGUACAGUAUGUCACUGGCUUUAUGAUUAAUACCACUAACAGUUUGUAUUUGGGAGAGGAACUCAGUUUUAUUACAAAUGUACUCCAGCAUUUGAAAGUAUUAAUGUUUAAUCUUCUCGUCCGCAUGCACCUUAACCUUAAAUAUUGUGCUGUAUAUAAAACAACCAGGCAUGGAAAAGAAGCAGACCCAUGUUAUGGGUUCAUUUUUCUGGGUCAAUGACCUCCUAAAGCUGUCAGUAAUGCACCCACAUGCACACAAAAACACACAUAAAAAUGUGUUUAUGCACCACAUCAGCCACCAGGAACGAUCUGCAGGCAGACCAUGGUGUUGACCUUCAUAAAGCCUUCUUUCUUGAACAUCAGCAGAAGCAUGAAAUCGUAUUUUUGACCAGAAAAGACACUCGGCUCAGGCUUCUAUUCUUGGUAGUUCCUCAUCCUCCUUUCCACCAGUCAGCGCUACAUUUCUGCUUUGUCAGUCCGAGGUGUUACAUCAGUGCGUCUGUGUGAACGUCCAUCUUUUGUUCUUUUUUUUUUUUCAACAAGUCCAACAAUCAUCCCUGCAAAGCCUUCUCCUUCUGCAGGCAUGCAUUAGUGUGCUUAUGCCAUCUUAAAGCAGAGUUUAGUGGAGACAUGCUGGUUUACAUGACUGACUCUUGUAUGCACUCUAAAGUAAAACUAUGAGGAAGGGAUGAAAGUCAAGCCGACUUACUCAUCCUCACUAUGUGGGCAAUCUACAGUAUGUAGGCACUACUUUUUUUGUCUGCUGCCACAUAAAACCUCCUGACUUUUGUUCCUACUGCUCUGGUGGCUACAGGCCAAAGACAGGCUUUACUUCAAGUAUUUCUGAGAAUAGUUCUACUGGCCAACCCACAUUUUGGAAAAUCUCCAUGAGCCUGUAGCCUGUGAAGUAAGAAAUAACCUCAAAUGCCAUGUUGAACAAGGAAUUUGUUUGUCAUUAUGGAGCAAUGUUGUCAAAAAUGAUACAAUCUCUCUUAUUUUAAUGAUCUAUUGUAUUGAAAGGUACUAAAGCUUUAAAAAACAUUAGACAGGCGCAUAGGAAAUGAAGGUAUUCAUAAAAAAGGUGCAGGCAAACUGCCUAAAUUACACAGAAAACUGUCACUAUGUUCUUGUGCAAUUUAGCUAAAAGUUGCCGACAAUUAUUGGGUGCCUAGGAACUCUAAAGUCUGAAUCCUGGUAUUGUGACAACCUUAUGCUUAACCAUUCCAAUAAUAAUCCUGCUAUCCCCUCUUUCCUGUCUUUUGUCACAAAUGACCAAAUCUGAAGCAUAAUAGAACUCAUAUCAUAAAGAACAAGUUGUUAGUGUUAGAGUCCGUCUCAUAUAUCAAACCACCUUUUGUUUUGCAUGACACCCUAGCCCCCCCCCCCCCCCAGCUUUCCACAGAGGAAGGAGGUUAUUGUUGAGCGAUACUGUAGCUGGAAUGAGUUGAGGAGGUGAAAUAUGACACACAAGGGAAGAGUCCCUUUCCAUCCAGCCUGCGAGCUGUCAUCCUGCCCCCCCCACCCCCCCUCACAGAUGGCGGGCCAGCAGGCGCAUCACUUUACCUCGGCCUGUCAACAACCCUGUUGUUCUGAGCUUUGUGCGUGCAGACAAAAGGGGACCUGAGAGAGCCGAGGGAGGCCAGGUUAGUCUGGCCUGAGCUGUGAGUAAUGAGCUGGUGGCUGUUACAGUAGAGAGAAGGAGUCUGCACUUUUCUUUCAUUUCGAGUUUUCUUUCUUUUUGCUGUUACUUCAUUUUGCUGUUCAUGUGCUGUGCGGCAUUCAAAACAAAAAAAGCUAUUUGUACUCAUGCAUGAAAAGUAGUACUUCACUACACACCCUGGGGUUUUAUGGCUGCAAUUGACAGUCCUCCAGCAUCAGUAUGAGCCUGUGAGAAGUAUGUAGAAAUAAUGCAAUUUCUUCUUUGUUAUAUUCAUCAAAACUGCACUUUUCCACACCUAGAGUAAGGCCAGUCAAUCUCUCUUUGAAGCUAGUAGCUGAAGUAUUUAAGAAAAAGGAUUAUUGUGUUCUCUUUUCUAUUAAAUAUAUGCUCUUUCUUUCUUGAAUAGUGAAACCAGAAGCUAAUGUUUUGAUGUUGAGGGCUGAAGGAGAAGAAAGUGCUGCAUUAAUGCAUGAGAGAAGCUCAAAAAGGCAUUCAUUGCCCUUGAAGUGUUUCAACCUUUAUGUAUACAUUCUUUAAGUGUUAUCCUUUAAUUUGUAAAAAGAAAAUAAAGAUGCCCUGGAUUUAUUUUGCCUGUCAGCGUGGAAAAAGCUGGGUUUGUUUUCCACUUAUUCCUUUAUUUUACAUUGAAGGCCCACACAAUGCGUCAUUUUCUGAGCAUUUUUUUUUAUCCUAAGAUAUACUUUACCUUUAUGUCCUUGAUUUCACUUAGUGAUUGAUUUCUUUCAUGACUGUAGAGAUGACAUAGUUUUAUUUGCUGUAGUGAAACUGCUAUGAAUGUGAAUAUCUAUUGGACAAAUAAAUGCAAUUGCAA